UAAUGUAAUCGGAAUACAAACACAUCACUGUCGAUAUGCCGAUUUUUGAUAUUCUAUCUAUCAGACUUCUAUUCAGCAUCAAUUCUGGGAAAGAACACGAAUUUGUUAAUUCCGAAUUUUCGCAAGCCUUUUACAAUAAAAAAAAUGGAUAUCGAAUCACCAGAUUUUUGGGCAACUCUCAAGGCAGAUCUACUUAAGGCCGACAAUUUAAAAAUUAUCUUUAUCGAAGAAAUAAUAAACGAUCUGAAACAGGCUUUACUGUCGGAGUUUACAGGCGUCUCAAUAUAUGCUUUUGGGUCACGUGCUCUGGGUGUCGCAGUCGAUCUUUCAGACCUGGACUUGUUUGUGGACAUCGGCUAUGGUGUAUACAGCGAAACUGAAACUAAGGAAGCAUUGGAAGUUCAACUGAAAAUCUAUAAAGCUAUUGGGCGACUUUACAGUAAGUGGACGGUAAUUAAAACCUGCGGUGGCAGAAUCCCCUUAGUAGUGGUUCGUCAUAAGAGUACGAAAAUCAGAUGUGAUAUCAGCUUCUCGAAUAAGAUGACUUACGAUCAGAACCGAAUUGUUAAUUAUAUCUUCAGUUUGCAGCCUAUAGCUCGAUACAUGGUAAUAUAUUUACGUCGCUGGGUUCAGAAGAAUCAGAUAGCUGGAUUUCGGGUGCACAUAUUGAUUCUAAUGGUAAUAUUCUUUCUACAAGUUCGUGGCAAAUUGCCAAGCGUUUCCGAACUUCAAUCUGGACUUUCUCCAAACAUAGGCCCAUGGAUAACAAGUUAUACGAAACUUGGUUUGUCGUAUUUCAACAUGAAGCCCAUUGCAUUGAAUGAGUCGGAGAGUCGCUCUAUUUUAAAAGAUUUUUUUAAAUACUAUUAUAUGUUCGACUUCAAAGGGCAAGUCGUAAGUCCCUGGCUUGGACGGAAAGUCAGUCGCUUUGAGCUGCAGUCAAUUGUGUCACAGAGAUGCAAAGAUUGCCGUGGAAUUGAUAUAGACCGUGCGAUGAUCGUUCAGGACUUAGUUCAUCUAAAUCAAAACAAAGCCUUCAGCAUUGAUACAGAGAAAUUUGGCUGCUUUGUGCGGAAUUGUGGUAUUUCCAUUUAAGAUUAUGAAAACACUAAGUUUUUAAAAAAGA